GAACUGCAUGCAAAAAAUGCCAUUAACUCAUCAUGUUUGAAUGAAUUGGUCCAUAGAGAGAGAAACCCGUAUCUUGUUUUCACCCCUUUGAUCUCAAUCCUGAAACUAUUUUAUUAAAGAUAAAGAAAAGAAGGAACCAGCAGCAAGAAUCAGAAAAACUCAGUUUCAGGUGAAGGCCAGCAGUAUUAUUAGUUCUUUUUAUCAAUGGAGAAUGCUGACCUUUUUAGCGUGGGAAACAGUCUCAGAAGAGGCAAUUCUUUGACAUGGAGAAACAAUAAUGUCAUUGAAAUGUUUUCACAAUCUUCUCGAGAAGAAGAUGAUGAGGAGGCAUUAAAAUGGGCUGCAAUGGAGAAAUUGCCUACCUAUGAUCGUUUAAGGAAAGGCAUACUAACUCCCUUCACUGAUGGUGGAGCAAAUGAAAUUGAUGUAUUGAAUCUUGGGUUGCAAGAAAGAAAGAAUUUGCUUGAGAGGUUGGUGCGGGUAGCAGAAGAGGAUAAUGAGAAGUUCUUGUUGAAGCUCAGGAAUCGUAUCGAUAGAGUUGGAAUUGAUAUUCCCACAAUUGAAGUUCGAUUCGAGCAUCUUACUGUUGAAGCAGAAGCCUAUGUAGGAAGCAGAGCUUUGCCCACAUUUUUUAACUACUCUGUUAAUAUGCUAGAGGGUCUCUUGAAUUUUUUCUGUAUUCUUUCAAGUAGAAAGAAACAUUUGCAUAUCCUGAAGGAUGUGAGUGGUAUCAUCAAGCCUUCAAGAAUGACAUUACUUUUGGGUCCUCCAAAUUCUGGAAAGACAUCCCUCUUGUUGGCUUUGGCCGGAAGACUUGAUCCUGCUCUAAAGUUUUCGGGACGGGUGACUUAUAAUGGUCAUGGCAUGGAUGAGUUUAUACCACAAAGAACUGCUGCUUAUAUCAGCCAACAUGAUCUCCACAUAGGAGAAAUGACUGUAAGAGAAACUCUGGCCUUUUCUGCUAGAUGCCAAGGAGUUGGAAGCCGUUAUGAUCUGUUAGCAGAGCUAGCACGAAGAGAGAAAGCGGCUAACAUUAAACCUGAUCCUGAUAUUGAUGUCUUCAUGAAGGCAGCUGUAGCAGAAGGUCAGGAGGCCAAUGUGAUAACAGAUUAUGUUCUAAAGGUUUUAGGACUGGAAGUCUGUGCAGAUACAUUUGUUGGGGAUGAAAUGCUGAGGGGAAUUUCUGGAGGACAAAGGAAGCGUGUCACAACUGGUGAGAUGCUGGUUGGACCAGCAUUAGCAUUGUUUAUGGAUGACAUAUCUACUGGUUUGGACAGCUCCACAACUUACCAGAUCGUGAACUCACUCAAGCAAUCCGUUCAGAUUCUUGAGGGAACUGCUUUCAUAUCCCUCCUCCAGCCAGCACCAGAGACUUACGAUCUCUUUGAUGACAUUAUUCUCCUCUCUGAUGGCCUGAUAGUGUACCAGGGUCCUCGUCUGCAAGUGCUUGAGUUUUUCGAAUUCAUGGGCUUCAGGUGUCCUGAAAGAAAAGGCGUAGCUGAUUUCUUGCAAGAAGUGACAUCAAAGAAAAAUCAGAUGCAGUAUUGGGCGCGAGAAGAAGAGCCUUGUAGAUUUAUUAGUGCCAAGGAAUUCGCUGAGGCAUUUGAGUCAUUCCAUGUAGGCAGGAAACUUGGAGAGGAGCUUGCAACUCCAUUUCAAAAGUCCAAGAGCCACCCAGCUGCUUUGACAAGCAAAACGUAUGGUGUCAAUAAGAAGGAGCUGUGGAAGGCUUGCGUCUCAAGAGAAUACCUACUCAUGAAGAGGAAUUCAUUUUUCUAUAUCUUCAAGUGUUGUCAACUGACAUUUCUGGCGCUCAUUACAAUGACACUCUUCCUUCGCACUGAGAUGCACCGAGAUUCAGUAAUAAAUGGAGGAAUCUAUGUUGGUGCUUUGUUCUUCAUCGUGAUUAUAGUACUUUUUAAUGGCAUGGCAGAGAUUUCGAUGACCAUUGCAAAACUUCCUGUCUUCUACAAGCAAAGAGAACUCGGAUUCUUUCCUGCAUGGGCGUAUGCUCUUCCUACAUGGAUCCUUAAAAUCCCCAUCACAUUCUUAGAAGUAGCAAUUUCAGUGUUCAUUACAUACUAUGUUAUCGGCUUUGAUCCAAAUGUUGAAAGGCUGUUUAGGCAGUACCUCUUGUUGUUAUUAGCUAAUCAGAUGGCAUCUGGAUUAUUCCGAUCUAUUGCUGCUGUUGGUAGGAAUAUGAUUGUAGCUAACACCUUUGGUGCUUUUGUACUGCUGAUGCUUUUCGUCUUGAGCGGAGUUACCUUGUCUCGAGAUAACUUAAGGAAAUGGUGGAUCUGGGGCUAUUGGCUAUCCCCAAUGAUGUAUGGGCAGACUGCAGUUGUAGUGAACGAGUUCCUUGGGAAUAGUUGGAGUCAUGUUCUUCCGAACUCAACAGAACCAUUAGGAGUUGAAGUUUUAAAAUCUCGUGGUUUCUUUACAGAAGCAUACUGGUACUGGCUAGGAGUUGGGGCAUUGAUUGGAUUCACACUCGUAUUUAACUUCUUGUAUACUCUGGCUCUCACUUUUCUCAAUCCAUUUGACAAGGCUCAGGCUGUUGCACCAGAAGAUCCUGGAGAACAUGAACCUGAGAGUAGAUAUGAAAUUAUGAAAACCAAUUCGACAGGAUCCUCACAUAGAAACAACAAAAAGGGAAUGGUUCUUCCAUUUGAACCACAUUCAAUUACAUUUGAUGACAUUGAAUACUCCGUUGACAUGCCACAGGCAAUGAAAAACGAGGGUGUCCAUGAAGAUAAACUGGUAUUGUUGAAGCGUGUGAGUGGUGCUUUUAGGCCUGGCGUCCUCACUGCUCUAAUGGGUAUCAGUGGUGCUGGUAAAACAACUCUUAUGGAUGUGCUAGCUGGCAGAAAAACUGGGGGAUAUAUUGAGGGGAAUAUCAAAAUUUCUGGGUAUCCCAAAAUACAAGAAACUUUUGCUAGAAUUUCUGGAUACUGUGAGCAAAAUGAUAUCCAUUCUCCACAUAUUACUGUUUACGAGUCACUGCUCUUCUCAGCUUGGCUUCGUCUUCCCUCUGAAGUGAACACUGAAACCAGAAAGAUGUUCAUUGAGGAAGUUAUGGAGCUUGUGGAACUGAAUCCAUUGAGACAAGCAUUAGUUGGAUUGCCUGGUGUAAAUGGUCUAUCAACUGAGCAACGCAAGCGUCUAACCAUUGCAGUUGAGCUAGUGGCAAACCCCUCUAUAAUUUUUAUGGAUGAGCCAACUUCAGGACUAGAUGCAAGGGCUGCUGCAAUUGUCAUGAGAACAGUUAGGAACACAGUAGACACUGGAAGAACAGUUGUCUGCACCAUUCAUCAGCCAAGUAUUGACAUAUUUGAAGCAUUUGAUGAGCUAUUCCUAUUGAAGAGAGGAGGAGAAGAGAUAUAUGUAGGGCCACUCGGUCGCCAUUCCUGCCAUCUAAUCAAGUAUUUUGAGGGAAUUGAAGGAGUCAGAAAAAUUAAAGAUGGUUUUAAUCCAGCAACUUGGAUGUUGGAAAUUACCUCUGCAGCACAAGAAAUAGCAUUGGAUGUUGAUUUUGCUAAUAUCUACAAAACCUCGGAAUUAUAUAGGAGAAACAAAGCACUUAUUAAGAAUUUAAGCAAGCCUGCUCCUGGUUCAAAGGACCUCUAUUUCCCUAGUCAGUAUUCAUUGUCAUUCUUUGGGCAAUUUUUGACUUGCUUAUGGAAACAACAAUUGUCAUAUUGGCGCAAUCCACCAUAUACUGCCGUGAGAUUUCUCUUUACAACCUUCAUAGCCUUGAUCUUCGGAACAAUGUUCUGGGAUCUUGGCUCCAAAAUAGAAAAGCAGCAAGAUCUUUUUAAUGCAAUGGGUUCAAUGUAUGCUUCUGUUUUAUUCCUUGGCAUCCAAAAUGCAUCAUCCGUGCAGCCCGUAGUAUCUGUUGAAAGAACAGUGUUUUACAGAGAAAGAGCUGCUGGAAUGUACUCAGCCUUGCCAUAUGCUUUUGGACAGAUUGUGAUUGAGCUCCCAUAUAUUUUUACGCAAGCUGCAGUAUAUGGUGUAAUAGUGUAUGCUAUGAUUGGGUUCGAAUGGACUGCCUCUAAGUUCUUCUGGUAUUUAUUUUUCAAGUACUUCACAUUGCUGUACUUCACCUUCUAUGGCAUGAUGACUGUGGCAGUCUCACCAAACCACCAAAUCGCAUCUAUAAUUGCUUCUGCAUUUUACGCAAUUUGGAACCUAUUUUCUGGAUUCGUAAUCCCACGACCGCGGACGCCCGUGUGGUGGAGAUGGUACUGUUGGAUAUGCCCAGUAGCUUGGACAUUGUAUGGAUUGGUUGCCUCACAGUUUGGAGACAGAAAGGAGACGCUUGAAACAGGUGUGACAGUGGAACAUUUUGUGAGAGAUUACUUCGGAUUCAGACAUGAUUUUCUUGGAGUAGUUGCAGCUGUUGUUCUAGGAUUUCCACUGCUUUUUGCAUUCACUUUUGCAGUUUCCAUAAAGUUGUUUAAUUUUCAGAACCGAUAAAUUAGAAUUUUGUUCUGGUAUGAGUAAACUAUGUUAGGGCAGUCUGAAGGUGUAAAUUAUGAUUGAUGUUUGAAGAAAGAAUAUAUAUAUAUAUCUUUCUUUCAAGCAACACCACCUUUCAUGUUCCGUACAUCUUUAUGCCUACUAUACAUGCAUGCCCUUUUACAAUACCUUAAUGUGAAUGGCCGUUUGCUUGGUGUAAAAUUUUCGUUAUGUUUCCAGUUGUUUUUCUGUUU